AAUGCAUAAUUAAGCUUAACCUUAAUUAAAAAAUCUUAGUGAUUAUGAAAAAUAGAAAUAAUAAGUAAAUGAGAUCUUUAAGAGUCUAUACACAUCUCAUUAAGAAAAGCGAGUUAAUAUAGAAAGAUUAGUAAGUGAUCGACCUUAAAGAAAGAAACCUAUUGAUUGGAAUGAAGUGAGAAGAAGGUUACCAAAAGAUCAAAUAGGAACUAUAUAUGAUCCUACAAGAUUUUAGAAUUUAUAUGAAAAAUUCAACAAUGAAAUUGAAGCUAAUGCUCCUCAUGGACCAUUUAUUAGUUUUCGUUAAUUUUUGAGGGAAAGAAGAGGACACUUCAAAGAUUGA